CACGGCCCAAUCGAAACCAAACUAACCAAACCCUACGUACCGAGCACACCAUGGGCGGCGGCAUAGGCAGGCCUCGCGCCACCACGGCGAGCCUCGCGCCCGCCGACCUGGUCCUGAAGGCGGCGUGCGAGCGUUGCGGUGCCGCGUCGGAGCUCUACCUGACGUCGUGCCGGCACACCACCCUCUGCUCCGACUGCGGCAAGACCUUGGCGCGCGCCCGCGGGCGCUGCACCGUGUGCAACGCCCCCGUUACCAGGCUCAUCCGGGAGUUCGAUGUCCGGGUGGAUACCUCCGCGGAGAAGGAGAAGACCCACUCCAUCGGCAGGUUCACCACCGGCUUGCCGCCCUUCUCCAAAGAGAGGAGCACAGAAAACAGGUGGACUCUUCGCAAGGAUGUUCCCCAAGGACGGCAGCUUACUGGGAAUAUGCGGGACAGACACUACAGCAAGAGACCGUGGAUUUUGGAGGAUGAGACGGGCGAACAUCAGUAUCAGGGCCAAACUGAGGAUCCGCCUGCCACAUACUAUUCACUGACACUGAAAGGCAAUGACAUGAUUGCUGUUCAAGUUGGUCCCUGGUAUAACUUCAGUAAAAUUGCACAGUACAAACAGCUGACCUUGGAAGAAGCUGAAGAGAAAAUGAAUAGAAGGAGAAGUAGUGCAUCUGGGUAUGAACGGUGGAUGAUGAAGGCAGCUACAAAUGGAGCUGCUGCCUUUAGUUCAGGUGUGAACAGGCUUGAUGUAAAUAGAGGGGCAACAAAUGGUGUUCACCCCAAGAAAGGAGAUAGGAAUGAGAAUGGAAGUCAAUCUGACAAAGUUGACGACGAAGAAGGGGGCGCUGCAAGGAAAAACAGGCUUGGGCUUACAAUGAAGGGCAUGGACGAGGAUGACGAGGAAGGUGGAAAGGACAUAGACUUUGAUUUGGAUGAUGAAAUUGAGAAAGGUGACGAUUGGGAGCACGAAGAGACCUUCACUGAUGAUGAUGAGGCUGUGGAUGUUGAUAUAGAGGAAAGACCUGAUUUAGCUGAUCCUGAGGCUCCUCCUCCUGAAAUUAAACAGGAUGACAACGAGAAUGAACUAGGCGGCAGUGACAACUUGAGCAAGUCUGGUCAGGAGCUAAAAAAGCUGCUUCGCCGAGCUGCUGGGGAAAAUGAGUCUGACGUUGACGACAAAAGCACAGAUGUAAUUAUCACAAUUCUUCUUAGAACUCGCAUAUUCUUUCAUAGGAGGUGGGACACCUUAGCAAACCUAAUAACUAAUCUUUGUAUCUGCUUUGUCCAACAGGAAGAUGACCUACCAUCGCCAGAACUUGCUCCGAAACAACUUGUACCCAAAAGUGAACCAGUGGAUAGCAACCCUGCUAAACCAACACCAUCAGUGCACACUCAGAGCGCCACACCUACAUCCAAAUCCACUCAAAAGAGGAAAUCAGGGGGUGGUGAUGCAAAUACUUCUAAUGGGGCCACCUCCAAAAAGAUAAAGAUAGAGCCUGAAACCAGAACAUUGGUUGUCAAGGAUGAGAAGCUGUCUUCUUUGGAACCAAUAUCAAAAUCAUCUCUUUCAGAAAGAAGAGAAUCCUCACCCAUUACAGAGGAGGAAGUCAGGGCAGUACUUCUUGCAAUUCAACCCACCACAUGCCAAGAUCUGGUGUCGAGGUUCAAGCCUCGUCUAAUAACUCGAGAGGACAAGAAAACAUUUACAGACAUUGUGAGGAAAAUAUCUCACAAGGAUUGCUUUGGCUAUGUCGUUCUUCGGAAGGAACAAAAGUGAACAGACAAAUUACUCUACCUGUAUAUGGUCACAGUGUUAUGCUUUUAUCCCAGUAGCCAUCUGAAACCCGUAGAUUGUUUCAGAAUGCAACAGUGUAACAGAUUCUUUUGUGGCACAGGGCGACAGCAUGAUCAGUUUUUUUUUGUUUGACCUAUCCUUCAGAAUUGACUGUAUUGGCAACCAAGAUGCUCAGCAAGAGGCCUCUGCCAGUUUUUUCCCCUUUUACUCUACUUCUUGCUCC